AUUCUCAUCCGCAACGCACCGCCCUCAAAGCUAAAACUGCUUGGACGAGAAUUGAUACUUCGGGAACGAAAGCGGAAAAGAGAAGCGAAGAAAAAGAAGAAGAAGAAACAGAGUGAAAAAUGCUGAGGCUCGCGUCGAAAAGGUUCGUAGGGCUGCUGCAAGCCUCACGGGAUGUUACGUCCCGGCCCGCACAGGUCCUGCCAGGUCGCCUCUAUCAUGAGAGGGUCAUCGAGCACUACGACAAGCCCCGGAACGUUGGAUCCUUCGACAAGAGCGAUCCUGGCGUUGGCACCGGACUUGUCGGUGCACCGGCAUGCGGUGACGUCAUGAAGCUCCAGAUCAAGGUCGACGAGGAGACCGGCAAGAUUGUCGACGCUCGCUUCAAGACCUUCGGUUGUGGCUCCGCUAUUGCGUCCUCGUCUGUAGCUACUGAAUGGGUUAAAGGGAAGCAAUUGGAGGAAGUUGUGACUAUUAAAAACACUGAAAUCGCAAAAUAUCUCUCUCUCCCGCCUGUAAAGUUGCACUGCAGCAUGCUUGCUGAAGAUGCCAUCAAGGCUGCCGUUAAAGAUUAUGAAGCAAAACGUACCAAAUCAAAUGAUGGUGCAACAGCAGCAACUGCAGAGAAGGCGACGAAAGCGUGAUUUGUGUAAUUUGGUGAUGUAAUUUGGUGAUGAAAAUACACGGGCGCCCGAAUUAGUUACUCUAGCCGUUUAUCAUACGGUGAUUGUAUAAUAAUGGAACGCUACGUACUGAGAAAAAGAGCCUUGGAGUAUAUGCACUUCCCCUGAAGUAAACUGGAUGUUGAGAAGUGCACCCCUCCCCACCUUUACCCCUUUUUUUUUUUUUUUGAUAGCACCUUUACCCCUUUGUACCUAGACAAUAUAAUGUAAGUUUGAUUUUAA